UAAAUUCACGAUUCAUACACACCAACUCAGGCCGUGGUUAGGGUUUGGUUAUCAUCCGUUCAUAUCUCAAUUCUCAUCGCCUGCUGCUGCUGCUGCUGUGUCAAAAUCAAUCAUAUGUCGUGGUAAUUUCACAUCUUCUUCAAUCUUAAUUUCUCUCCAAUGGUGUUAUUUAAUUUCAUUUACAGAAACAUUUCAACCCAUGCAAGAAAGCGUUGCUAUGGACUCUUAUCAUCAUCAUCAUCCCCAUUUUCAACAACAACAACUUCACAUUCUUCAAAUCCAAACACUUUCACCACCACAUACCUCAUUAACUCAUGUGGGGUUUCGCCAGAAUCUGCACUUUUAGCCUCCAAACGUCUAGAUUUAUCAAAAUCCCCCAAAACAGCAGACUCUGUUCUUACCCUUCUCAAGAACCAUGGUUUCACCAAAUCGCAAGUUUCUAAAGUGAUUCUGAGUUGCCCCAAGAUCUUAUUAUGUGAUCUUGAAAACACCCUUUUGCCCAAUUUCAAAAUCUUGAAUUCUUUAGGGUUUUCAAAUGCUGAACUUGUUACAAUUGUUACUAGUAGACCUAGAAGUAUUAUGCAAGGAAAGUUUCAUGAUACAGCCUUGCUUUCUGUUAGUUUUUUAAGAACUGUUUUAGGGUCAGAUGAUAAGGUUAUCAAUGCCAUUAAGCGGUUUCCGCAAGUGUUGACGUAUGAUUUACAGGUUUACGGUGCGGAGAAUAUACAGUUGUUGUUAGAAAUAGGGGUUCCCGAGUUGAGAAUAAAGUCUAUGUUGGCACAACAGCCCAGGACUUUUUUUACGUCGGCUGAUAGAUUUAAAACAGUUGUUGGAAAUGUGACGAAAAUGGGGAUUGACCCGUCAAAGGCGAGGUUUCUUUGGGCGAUACACGCGUUCAGGGCUAUGAGCAAAUCCACUUGGGAUAAAAAGGUUGAGCUUUAUAUGAAGUGGGGUUGGUCUAAAGAUGAGAUUUUGUUGGCGUUCGAGAGGAAUCCGGGGUGUAUGAUGGCUUCGAUGGAUAAAAUUACGCGAAUCUUGGAUUUUCUUGUGAAUACGAUGGGUUGGGAUAAAAGUUACAUCAUUCAAUCGCCGAUAAUCGUUUGUUAUAGCAUAGAGAAGAGGAUUAUUCCGAGGUGUUUGGUUUAUAAGUAUUUGGCGGAGAAAGGGUUGACCGGAGAUAUAGAGGAUUUUUGCUUUACUCAGAGUCAGUGGUUGACGUAUUCGGAAAAGUUAUUUCUCAAAUGGGUUGUAAAGAAGUAUGAAGCGGAAGCCCCUGAACUGUUGAAACUGUAUGAGAAGCAUAUGAAUGUGGCAAAUGGAUUGUAGUUUUGACUCUUGGUAUUAUAUUUCAGUUUUGGCACUUCUAAUUUUGAUCGAAACUCGCGAAAAGUUUGUGUAAUUCACUUUCUUAUUGUUUUUAUUGCACUGUAUGUCUUUCUUGUUCUGCAA